UCAGAAACGCCUCCCAUCUUGAAAACUACUCAGAAAUACUCUCUCAGUUUCCGUGUUUUGGUUAACUACUGUCCUGUAGAACCAGUACAUCUAAGUAUAUGUGUGAAAAUAAAGCAGCAUGGCUUCUUGUCCGCCUUCCUUCUUUGUUUCAGUAAAACCGCCUCUCAAGCACCGUGCUCUUCAAGCCAUGCAUAUAAGAGCUCAGAGCUUUAGUAAUGAAGGGGAAUCAAGUAACAUAGUCGAUGCAAACUUGACUGUUCUUAGAGACAAAAUAGAGCUGCUUAAGACCAAGGAGAGGCUCGAGCGGUGUUGCAAAUGUGAAAAUGGUUGGAAUUAUGUCCCUGGAUAUGAUUAUGAACUCAAAAGAGAUAAAGAGAUGUCACAGUUCUUUGAGCUUGUAGGUUUCGUUUGUGGGAGUCUUGGUUUUACCUGUCUUGGUGGCAGUGUCUGUCUUUGCCUUGUUUCCUUCUUUCUUCAUUUGAUUCAAUAAGUUGGAAUAUUUUUGCGAAAAAGAAGAAUGUAGAUCAAUCUCUCUCUCUCUCUCUCUCUCUCUCUCUCUCUCUCUCAUAUUGUAUAUCUCUUGGUUUAUCCAUACCAUAUUGUUGUUGCAACUGAAGAACUUUAGAGGCUUUUUGUUUACAUUAUGUUAGAGCUGUAACCUGUACUUGUACCGAAAAGGGUAGGAUUUGAACCAUGCGUAGGUCCGUUUCAUAAUGUAAACAAAAGGUAAUUUCAUCGACGACUACCUUUUCCACUGUUUCUAAAGCUACAGACGUCUCGUGAUGCAGAAAAUAAUUACAGAGCUGGUGGGAAGGGCCUUUGAAUAUAGUUAGUCCUCAGACUCAUUUGUUUGCCAUGCCAUCUGCAAGCAGUCAGUCAGUCAAGUGACUCAUAACUGUUUCAAACCUUUAAACAGAUAUGCACA